GUAAUUCAUAGACUAGUAUUUAUUUACGCCAGACGUUACGUAGUAAAGCCAAAGCCCAUAUAUGGAAAGAAAAAAAAGUAAAAGUCAGCUGUUUGCGUUUGUAUCAUAUGUCACUUUGCAAUUGUAAACAAAGCGAUCGGCUUGUAAUUCAAAGUAAUGUCCGGAUCUUAUUUCAUGUUAAAAUUUCUAGAAGGUAGUUUCAAAGCUCAACAACAAAACCUAAAUAAACUAUAUCCAUCAACUAGCUAUAACAUGGAUGAAAAUACAAACAGUGGUAAUAAUAAAUGUAGGAUUUGCUUGAAAGAUGCUACUAUUUUAAUUUAUCCUUCUAUGUCAAGACUUGAUAUCGCGGAAUCGAUACGAACGUUUGCCGGCAUUGAAAUAAGCGAGACUGAUGUCCAUUCUAAGCAUCUAUGCAAAUCCUGCUACAAUUUCCUUCAAAAUGCGACAAUAUUCCGACAGUUGGCUCAGGACACAGACAAGUUUCUGCGUCAACUAUCAUCUCACAAUUCCGACGAAGAUUUAGAUAAUAGAGCAGAUGGCAAAGCAACUUGUACCGAUGAUCAAAAAUCACUGAUAUACACUUGUAAACUGUGCAAGACAAAUUUUCCAACAUUCACUGAAUUACUGGCACACAAAAAUACGCACAAGAAAGUGCGCGUUCAGUGUCCGGUGUGCUUUCGUCUAUUAACAGCCCAUUCGUAUAAGAAACAUCUGGCUAGACAUCAAUCAGCAUCACAUCUAGUCUGUGAUGUAUGUGGUAAGUUGUACCGCAAAGACAACUUGGUCAGACAUCUGCAACUUCACAGCUUUGAAUUACCAUAUGAAUGUCAGGAAUGUCCAUAUAGGGGAAGAUUUAUGGAAUCUCUCAAGAUUCAUAUGAGAACACAUACCGGGGAUAAACCAUUUUCUUGUAAUAAAUGUGAGUUGAGGUUUCUGACACGCAGCAAUCUCAACAGACAUCUUUUGACUCAUAAUAAGGAUAAACCUUUUAAGUGUGUUGAGUGUGAGAGAGGGUUUUAUUCUAAGAGGGAUAUGGAUGUCCAUUAUAAGUCAGAUCAUGCAGGCCUGAAGGAGUUCUGUUGCAGGCUUUGUGGCAAUAAGUAUAGCACUAGAAAAGCUCUAAUGAGGCAUGAGCUGAGAGUUCACAAAAGAGAUAAAAUGGCAAAAGGUCGGAUGCCUUUGUACCUGCAAGCUGAAUAUCAGAAAUGUACUGAAACUACUUGAUAGUGCAACUGUAAGUAAGGCCUUAAGUCAAAUAAUAGAAAAUAAAAUUUAGUCACUAUGUUCAUGUUGCUGUAAUUCUAAGAUUGGAACUUUGUAUAUAUUUCUAUAUUUUUUUAGUUAUUGAGGGGUGCAAUGCAAGAGAAACAACUUUCUUUAAGUAAUAUUUUAUUAUUUUCAUAACUAGUCAAGUGUUUAUCAAAAAUGACUGUAUUAAAUUUAAUCUCAAAACUUGAAUAUAAAUACAUUUGGCUGACUUUGAAUGAAUAAACUGUAAUGAAUACUGAAAAGAAUACCUUUUUAUUUAAUUUUAAUAUUAAAUUGUACGACUAGAAUGUUUUACAGAUCAAUAAAUAGUAUUGCAAUAACAUUUGGUCAUAUAGGUAUACAUAAAAGACAACACUAAGUACACAUCUAAAUAAAAUCACACUCACAUUAAUAUAAAUCUUUGGUGUAACAUUUCUACUGAACAAUGGAAGAUCUGAUAGUAACUAUUAUGUAUACAUAUCUAAAUAAAGGCCACAUUAUCACUUAUGUUACACUUAUCGGAUGGAUACAAACAACGGGAAAGGCUUCUGUGGUCUCCUAAAAUUACAAUGUUUCUUAUGUUACAAUACUGGCUAAUAACUCUUUUUU